AUGUCACGGAGGGAGGUCAGAAGGGCACCGUCCAUGCCCGGAGUGGGACAGAGCCCGGCUAGGGCCAAGCUGCAGUUGGUGGCAGGCUCUGGCAAGAAGAGGAGCAGGACAAGGCAGGACCUGUGGGAAGAGACCAACUGGAGCGACCAGAAGUGGGGCAGAGCUGCCUUGGGCCCCCGAGGGGUCAGGGCUGGGAGCCUGGCUCAUGGCAGGAGUGAGGCCGGUCCUGAGAACGCUGCUCGGGAGCGGAGCCGCGUGAGGAUGCUGCGCCAGGCCUUCCUGGCCCUGCAGGCCACUCUGCCCGCCGUGCCCCCCGGCACCAAGCUCUCCAAGCUGGACGUGCUGGUGCUGGCCACCAGCUACAUAGCCCACCUCACCCGCACACUUGGUCGCGAGCUGCCUGGCCCCACCUGGCCGCCCUUCCUGCGAGGACUUCACUACCUGCACCCUCUCAAGAAGUGGCCUAUGCGGUCCCGUCUCUAUGCCGGAGGCCUGGGGAGCUCUGGCCUUGACUCCACCACAGUCACCCCUGCAAGCCAAAGAACAAAGGAGGCAGACACUGGGCCCCAAGUCUCUGAAGAGGCACAUGCUCUCUCUCCCACGAAGCCACUCUCACCAGCUCUUGGUGACAAAUGAGGAUCGUCCUUGCCCUUUUCUCCUAGACUACAACUCGAGUUUAGGGACCUGGAUUCUCUACCAGCCCUGCCUGUCUUCACUCUGACUCUCAGCCCUCGGAUCAGACGGACUCAGGUUCAGCUCGCAGGUCCUAGCAUGCAGACCAGGCAGAGCUGUGGGCCCUUCAGCAAUGGAAGGGUACU